GAUGCGCCCCACCUUUUGUUCAAUGAUAUUCUGAAUAUUAAUAUUUGUUAUUAAAUUAUACUAUUUAUGUAGUAAAUGAACACUUACCUUUUAAUACAUGUAUUAACAUUCCAAGAGUUUUGAUGAUCACCAGUGAGGGAAUUUUAUACAAAUACAUGACUGCAUAUUUAUUAUGUCUAUACAGAAUGCAUUUUAUAAGUAAAACCCCCCUCACUGUAAUUUUAGCUUCCAUAAACGUUUAAUUAUUUUAUUGUUGCUAAACACUUGUAAGGAGCGAAGCAGUUUCCAUUUUUUUGUAAUAUGUAUAUCCAUUACAACUCACCACAGAGUUUUAAUAGUUAGUUUCCUCUAUGUCAUAUAUCUCAGUUUACUAAAAUUUGCUCAUGGUAAGUCCUCAUCAGAGCUUUGUUUACAUUCGCUACGGCGGCCAUCUUGGAUUCUUAGAACUUGUCGACCCGGGUCGAUUUGCCUUAGUUGGUCGUUCGAUCAUAGGUCGGGUCGACCGGGUGCUGAAUCGACCAAGGAAGAUCAGCGUUCUUUUGGGAUCAUUCCGGUUCGAGCCUUCACGAAGAACGGUCGUAUUUUUGUAUCAUACGAACUAAAGAGGUGCUAUUCGGUGGAUGAUCAAGAGAACAGUUAAACUUGAAUCGCCGAUCCAGUUUGCAGAUAAGAUGAACAGGUUAUCCAAUGGGGGUCUCGCAUAUCGUUGUAGCCAUUGCGGCAAAGUGGACAGAAAGGGGAGACUGGUGGCCCACAUACUGAGAGACCACGUACCAGAAAAGCAAGUUCCCUUUUUCUGCACCCUAUGCAAGUUCCGGUGUGAAACCAGGGAUGAUUUACUAAAACACCUCACCAAAUACGCGGGCCAUGUGAGGGCAGUUGGCAGCAAUCAGAACAUUGACCUUAAACAGAUACUGAUCAAGUCCAACGUUCCUUGGUUUGUGUCAGCCAACGAUAUGACCCCGAUAAGGGAAGAAGACGAUGACAUGUUUAUGGAUCCAGAGGAACCAGCACUUCCACCAUGGCUCCUGGAUGUGAGGCCGUUGAAGAGGAAGGCGGACUUCUCACCAUCAACCAUGUCGCUUCCAUUAAGUCCGCAGUAUACAGAUCAGAGGUACGUGCUACCCAGAUCAAUGGUAGAAUCCCAGGAAAUAUUCCCUGACCAAUCAACUGCUCUUGUUAACCCAGCACUGUACACGGCCCCUAGCUUUGAUGAAGAUCCUUUGACAGCACUGGUCCAAACCUUGAAGACACCACAGUCAUCCCCUAAGGCCCAGGCAGCCACACCUCUCCAGGACGAACCAGUGGACAUUCUUCCUACAGAACAGGACAAGGCGGAUCCGCUUCUCUAUGAGAUAAUAUCAAUGUCAGAAAAGGCGUCUCAAACAGAGAAAGGACAACCCAAUGCCGAACUGCAGGCUAUCCAGAGAGCAUCGGAGACAGCUGCUCAAGCCUGUCAAGCCACCGCCAGGAACACCGAAAGGAUACUGGACGAGCUUCGUCGUUUGGAACGCAGAGUAACUUCCAUCGAGAGAGCUAUUGAUAGUCGAAAGCGGGACAAGGAAAACAUGAGGCCGCGCAAAAUGUAACUAUGCCUUGGAAAUGAUCGCCUUCUGCUUGAAUUGCAGGGGCCCACUAAGUGCUGGUAAUCCACGCGGGCACUUGGUGGGUAUUCGUCGCGCCUGCUGGGAAGCGGGCCCACGUAGUACCAGUUGGUGCUAUCUGGGUAUUCGCUGAUCACCGCGUGGGUGGUCAGUCCGUACUGUGCAUUGGUCGCUUAUGGGGGCAUGGUACGGGUAUUUCCCCCCCCCCACCUGUGGACUCUUCUUGAAGACCUUUACCUGUGAAAAUAAAUAUGGGCAUUUAAUUUAUACAACAUGAACAGUUAACUUACAAACUAUUACAAAGUGUCAGGACAAUUAAAAACAAAUGUGUUUUAAGAUUUCUGUGAUACAAAAGAGUGCUUAAUUUUAUUUAAUAAUAUUGUGUUUAACUUCAAGAGACAUUCUUGUGUGUGUGAACCUCAAGUGACAUUCUUUAGUGUAUGAAUACACUGUGUAAGAUUUCUGUGAUACAUAAGAGUGCUUAAUUUUAUUCAAUUAUAUUGUGUUUAACGUCAAGUGACAUCUUGUGUGUGUGAACCUCAAGUGACAUUCUUAAGUGUAUGAAUACACUGUGGAAGGUGACAUUUUCAAAGUGAACAGUGAUUUUGUGAUCUCAAAAGUAAUUGAUCUCAAUUAUUAUAUAUUGCUUGUUCUUGUUAACAGUUUAAUAGUUAUAUCAUUGUUGGUACCUCAUUGUUUGUUAAGGCUGCAGGAGCUUAGCCUUCCUGCAGGAGGGGGUAAUGAUGCGCCCCACCUUUUGUUCAAUGAUAUUCUGAAUAUUAAUAUUUGUUAUUAAAUUAUACUAUUUAUGUAGUAAAUGAACACUUACCUUUUAAUACAUGUAUUAACAUUCCAAGAGUUUUGAUGAUCACCAGUGAGGGAAUUUUAUACAAAUACAUGACUGCAUAUUUAUUAUGUCUAUACAGAAUGCAUUUUAUAAGUAAAACCCCCCUCACUGUAAUUUUAGCUUCCAUAAACGUUUAAUUAUUUUAUUGUUGCUAAACACUUGUAAGGAGCGAAGCAGUUUCCAUUUUUUUGUAAUAUGUAUAUCCAUUACAACUCACCACAGAGUUUUAAUAGUUAGUUUCCUCUAUGUCAUAUAUCUCAGUUUACUAAAAUUUGCUCAUGGUAAGUCCUCAUCAGAGCUUUGUUUACAUUCGCUACGGCGGCCAUCUUGGAUUCUUAGAACUUGUCGACCCGGGUCGAUUUGCCUUAGUUGGUCGUUCGAUCAUAGGUCGGGUCGACCGGGUGCUGAAUCGACCAAGGAAGAUCAGCGUUCUUUUGGGAUCAUUCCGGUUCGAGCCUUCACGAAGAACGGUCGUAUUUUUGUAUCAUACGAACUAAAGAGGUGCUAUUCGGUGGAUGAUCAAGAGAACAGUUAAACUUGAAUCGCCGAUCCAGUUUGCAGAUAAGGUUUUCUACUUUCUUUCUUGUAAUUGUUUCGCUUGAAAUUUCAAUCGGUUCAACUUCAUGAAUUGUCUCAUUUUUUGACUUGUUUGUUUACAUCCUGUGGUGACCCAUCCGAGAUACAGAUUCUUCAUCUCAUUUUUUAAGUCGAUUAACGUUUUCUGUUUACGAAGAAAUAACUGCUUAGCUCCACGAACCAGAUAUUCCAGAGUUAUCCGCUGUUGUAAUCCAACAAUCGACGUACGUUAUACAGAAUAAAUCUUUAAACUUA